AUGGGGAUGGUGAACUUACCAUGGGGUAUUCUAUCAGGCAUACUUGUACGGUUGCCUGGAAAAUCGAUCGCACGAUUCAGGCAUGUUAAUAGUUUCGUUUUGCAAGUACUCAUCCUUUGGAACCCAACGACUAACGAGUGUAAGAAGUUACCAGAUCCAGCAACUAGAUUGAAGGAGUGGCCGUCAGUGGUUUUUGAAGAAUAUGGAAUUGGUUAUGAUCACCAGAUUGAGGAUUUCCAAGUUGUGUACACACUAAGAUCAAAUUCAUGGAGAAGACUUAAGGACGUCCAGGCUGAUACGUUUAGUGAUACUAUUAAAACACCUGAUAUUGGUCGUUACCUGUUAAUGGAGGUCUUCACUGGAAAGCUUUUAGACAGGACAUGCGUCACAGGAGGAUCUCUUUGGUUUCUUAAUAAGUAUGGGUCUAGUCUUGAAUUCUGGGAGUUGAAGGACAAUGGGGUCAAGAAAUCGUGGACCCAUCCUUUCACCAUUAACAUAGAUAAAUUUGACAUAAUGAAAGACUUGAUUCCCUUGCGGUUUUUGGAGAAUGGAAAGAUCCAUGAGGAUGUAGUAACUUCCCUUGCGGUUUUUGGACAAUACCCACAAUAUUGUGUUCAAUGGGGUGAAGUAGAUGAAGAUGUCUCAGAAGAAAAAGAAGACGAGGAGGAGAAAGUGGAGGUCGAGGAUGAGAAGGAGGAUGGCGGUGGUGAUGGUAGUAAAAGUAGGGGUGGUUCGAGUAAUAAAAGAAAGAGAAAUCCAUUUAUAGAUGAUGUUGCUGAAGAAGCAGAUGAUGAAGAAGAAGAAUCAGAGGAAGAUGAUGAUUAUUAUGGAGAAGGUAGAAAGAAGAUGAAAAGAAAUCCAUUCAUUGAUGAUCAAACCGUUGAAGCUAGAAGUGAUGAAGAGGAGUCGACUGAUGGAGAAGAACCAGAAGUAGAUCCCUUUAUAGUUCCUAAUGAUGAAAUAUCGGAAGAUGAUGAUGAUGAUGAUAAAAGGAAGGGACAUGGACACCAGCCAAGACAUGGUCGCCAGCUUCCUUUUCUUUCUGAUGACGAAGAAGAUAUCGAAGAGAUUGCGAGAAGAGUUCACCAACGUUAUCAAAGCUAUGAGGAAGAAUUUGAUGAGACCGAUAUCAAUGAUAUCGAGCAGCAAUCUCGUUUGCCGUCAGUUAAGGAUUCCAAGUUGUGGACAGUGAAAUGUUCGAUUGGUCGUGAGCGAGAGGCAGCUUUUUGUCUGAUGCAGAUGUUUUACGAUCUUCCUGGGAUGCAUAUAAGAUCUGCCAUUGCUCUUGAUUAUCUCCAGAACUACAUCUACGUCGAAGCUGAUAGGGAGGCACAUGUCAGAGAGGCUUGCAAAGGUCUCAAAAUGCUAGAUACAAGAAAAAUUGUGCUUGUGCCGAUUAAAGAGAUGCCAGAUGUGGUUUCAGCAAAAGGCAAAGCUGUUGAUAUUGUCAAGGAUAUGUGGGUGCGGAUGAAGAUUGGAAUAUAUAAAGGAGAUAUUGCAAAGGUUGUUAGUGUGCCUGAUAUGCGACAAAGGGUUAUGCUUAAAUUAAUCCCAAGGGUUGAUUUACAAGCUGUUGCUGACAAAUUAGAUAGUAGAAAAGUCGCCAAGAAGGCAAUCGCUCCGCCUCAACGUCUUGUGAAUUCCGAUGAAGCAAGGAACCUUAACAUACCAGUAGACUUGAGGAAGGAACGAAGCACUCGGAUUACUUUCGAUGUAAUUGAUGGUAAGACGUUUAAAGAUGGUUUCCUAUAUAAAACAGUGUCGAAGAAAUCAAUUGAAUAUCAAAAUAUUCAACCAUCUUUUGAUGAGCUUCAAAGAUUUUGUGAGUCUGGUAUGUCCACUUCACUGGAAAACAGGAAAAAAUGCCAUUAUAUGAAGGGUGAUUCUGUUAUUGUUGUCAAAGGAGAUCUCAUAAGUCUGAGCGGCAGGGUUGAGAAAGUUGAAGAAGGUAACCUCCAUAUCAAACCAAAUAGGAAGGACCUGCAUACAACAAUUGUUGUGCAUGAAAAAUAUGUUUGCAAAUACUUCAAAGUCGGGAAUCAUGUCAAGGUUGUUUCUGGUGUUCAUGAAGGAAAAACGGGUACUGUAAUCCAGGUUAACAGUAAUGUGCUCAUUAUAGUAUCCGACGCGACUAGGGAGGAUAUCAGUGUUUUUGCUGACAACGUUGUGGACAGCUCUGAAGUAACUUCUGGAGCCUCUACCAGAGUUGGGGAUUAUGAGUUACAUGACCUUGUCAUGCUUGGUGACAUGAGCUUUGGGGUAAUUAUACGUGUGGAGAGUGACGCAAUUCAAGUGCUCAAGGGAGAUCCAGAUAGGCCUGUGGUCGCAGUAGUGAAGUUGAGAGAAAUCAAAUACAAGAUUGACCAUAGGAGGAGUACUGCCCCAGAUCUCGACGGUAAUACUGUGUCUGUGAAAGAUGUUGUGAAGAUUCUCAUGGGUCCUUGCAAAGGGAAACAAGGCCCUGUCCAGCAUAUAUAUAAAGGUAUACUGUUCAUAAAUGACCGCCAUCACAUGGAGCAUCCUGGUUUUAUUUGUGUGAAAUCACAGUCUUCUAUAUUAAUGGGAGGCACAACUGCUAAGGUUUCACUGCCUUCAAGAUGUGCAACUUCUAGACAGGCAGCUUAUAUUCCCCCUUCACCAAGAAGAUGUUCUACAGGACCUCCAUUAGACUCUGGAGUGAGACAUAAUGUAGCUGCUGGGAGAGGAGGGCGUGAUAAUUUUGUUGGUAGCAUGGUGAAACUCCGUCUUGGUAACUACAAGGGAUGCAGUGGUCGUGUUGUAAGCCGCAAUGGUCAACUAGUCCGGGUAGAAUUGGAGUCUCAGAUGAAAACUAUUACAGUUAAACGUGAGGAGAUAUCUGUUGAUGCAGGUGUUUUCACUUCAUUAAGUGGACCACCUCAACGUGGUAUUGGAAGUGAGACACCAAUGCGUGGAGCACAAACUCCAUUGCAUCCAUAUAUGACUCCUAUGAGAGAUCAAGGAGGAGAAACGCCACUACAUAUUGGUAUGCGAACGCCCAUGCGCCAUCAAGCUUGGAAUCCGUAUGCUAUCUCAACUCCAGCAAGGUGA